AUGGAAAGAUAUUCAUGUGGUGGAAGAGCAGCAGGCAAAAAUAAAGGAAAGCGAGCAAUAGUUGUUGGCGCCAUAGCGGAAGACGGUGUAAUACCAGAAUGCACCAAGGUGGUGGUCAGCGGGAUGCGAGAUUUAGAUGGAGACUACCACAAGGACAUGAACUCGGAUUUAUUUGAGAUGUGGUUGACUGAAGCUAUCCCUCACAUGAUAAGGCGUGCAAAUGGCAAGCGCGUUAGCUUAGUAGUGGAUAACGCGCCUUAUCACUCGAGACAACUAGAGAAGAUACCAACAACUUCUUCCACAAAAAACCAGAUACGAGAAUAUCUAGGCGCGCACGGAGUGACGGUUCCAGAAAAUGCCACAAAGGCCGGUUUGUUGAAACAGGUGAAGGAACGGACGAUACAAUGGAUGGCGACGGUUUCCACAGAACUGGCAGUCGGAUGGUUCCGAGAGGCGAUGUGGCAUGAAAGCCAAGCGCGGGAGAAGGAGGCAAUAGAUAUCUAUCAUCAUCCUCGUCUAUUGAUAUAG